GGGAGGGCGAGAGGAAGGCGGGAGGACGCUGCCGGGAGGCGCGGAGGGGCUCGGAGCGGCGCUGCUCGGAUUGCUUGGGUUCGGCUCGGCGCGGCCCCGAGGCAGCAGCGCACCGAGGGCUCUUCGCAGAGCCCCGGUGCGCUGCGUGAGGAGCGGCAGAGGCGGCACCACCAUGACAACAGAGAAGAGCCCAGCGGCAGACCCCGAAAACUCAGAGCGGCAGCAGGCGAAGGAGGAGGAAGGGGCUGCCAACACACAGAAGCAGGAGGCGUCCCCAGAGCAGGGGUCGGGACCCAAGCAGAAGGCAUCCAACGGCAACACACCCACGGCUGAGGAGCAGGGCCGGAAGGAGCGCCGUGCCUCCGAGGGCCGGGGUCUGUCCCGCCUCUUCUCCUCCUUUCUCAGGAGGCCCAAGUCCCAGGUAUCUGAGGAGGACAGAGACACCGAUGUGCCCAAGGAGGGUGGAGGGGACCAGAAGGACUCAGGGGUAGGAGCCAACCCUGACGAGGAGGAGGAGAUCCUGGUGAAGGCCCCGAUUGCGGCUCCCGAACCGGAGCUGAAGACAGAUCCAUCUCUUGACCUCCACUCCUUAAGCAGUGCAGAAACGCAGCCUGCGCAGGAGGAGAGGAGGGAAGAGCAGGAAUCGGACAGCAAAGACCUCGAGGGCAAGGAAGGAGGUGAAGGGAAGGAGGAGAGCGCUGAGGCAGAGCUGAAGCCAGAGGCUGCAGAGCCCAAAGCAGACAAGGAUCUGAAAGCUGCCCAGAGAUCCAUAAGAAGACACAGAAACAUGUACUGCAAAGUUGUCUUGCUGGAUGACACCAUCUUUGAGUGUUCUGUGGAUAAACAUGCCAAGGGGCAGGAUCUACUUAAGAAAGUCUGUGACCACCUUAAUCUCCUGGAAGAAGACUAUUUUGGUUUGGCCAUAUGGGACAUGCCAACCUCCAGGACGUGGCUGGAUCCUACCAAAGAAAUAAAAAAACAAGUUCAUGGAGGCCCCUGGGAUUUUACUUUCAAUGUCAAGUUUUAUCCUCCGGAUCCUGCUCAGCUGACAGAGGAUAUAACGAGGUAUUACUUGUGUCUUCAGCUUCGACAAGACAUCAUCUCAGGGCGGCUGCCUUGUUCCUUUGCCACUUUGGCUCUGCUGGGUUCCUACACAGUGCAGUCUGAGCUGGGGGACUACGAUCCUGACCUACACAGCACAGAUUACAUCACUGAAUUCAAACUGGCUCCAAACCAGACCAAAGAGCUUGAAGAGAAGGUUGUGGAACUUCAUAAAACGUACAGAUCCAUGACUCCAGCCCAAGCAGACCUGGAAUUCCUUGAGAAUGCAAAGAAGCUGUCUAUGUAUGGAGUUGACCUUCACCACGCCAAGGACUUGGAAGGGGUGGAUAUCACUCUGGGAGUCUGUUCCAGUGGCCUUCUUGUUUACAAAGAUAAGCUGAGAAUCAACCGCUUCCCUUGGCCCAAAGUCCUGAAGAUUUCCUACAAACGCAGCAGCUUCUUUAUUAAGAUUCGCCCAGGGGAGCAAGAGCAGUAUGAAAGUACAAUUGGAUUCAAGCUACCAAGUUAUCGAGCAGCAAAGAAGCUGUGGAAAGUAUGUGUUGAACAUCACACGUUUUUCAGGCUGACUUCCACUGAGGCCAUCCCCAAGAGCAGAUUCCUGGCUCUGGGCUCCAAGUUCCGUUACAGUGGGCGGACGCAGGCGCAGACCAGGCAGGCGAGUGCCAUGAUUGACAGACCUGCACCCCAGUUUGAGCGCACAGCGAGCAAGAGAGCCUCCAGGAGCCUCGAUGGAGCUAAACGUGCGACUCAAAAAGUUGAGUUCAGAGCCGUAGAGGAAGAGAAGCAGGAGGAGGUGGUGGUGGUUGAGGUUCCCGAACCAAAACCCGUGGAUCAGUUCCGAGAGAAGCCAGCCAAGCACGCGCUUGAAAGUUUUGAAAUGAAACCCAUUGCAGAGGAGGAAGAGGAGGAGGAGAAGGUAGAGGUGGCUCAGGUUCCCAUUGCUGAGCCAAAGCUGCCGGACCUGGUGCAGCAGCAGUCAGCCACACAUGCCUCUGGCACUGUUGAGAUAAGCCCAGUAGAAGAAGAGGAGGAGGAGGAAGAAAAAUUGGUGGUGAUGGGAGAGCUAAAGCCAGCCCUGAAGGAGCCAGCUGUGGCAGUGAUAACACCUGAGAAGAGCCCCCGGCCCACCUCUGCUCCUGCCAUCGCCCAGAGCCACGUGGCUGAGGCAGCCCCAGCUAAGCCUGAUGCCAAGGAAGCCCUCGCUGCAUCAAAAGUAGAAAAGGAAGCACUGAAAGCUGAGGCGAAGCGUGAGGAGGUCCUCCCAGAGAGAGCCAAAGCAGAGCAAGCUGAGGCAUCUAAGGUGAGGAAAACGCACAUUGAGGUCACAGCACCCACUGCAGCUGGUGACCGACCCCAGAAGCAGCCUGCAGAAAAAGAGGAAGAGCUGAUAAGAAUGAGGAAGAAGAGAUCAAAGAGACUAGAUGGUGAAAACAUUUAUAUCAGGCAUAGCAAUUUAAUGUUGGAGGAUCUAGAUAAGACCCAAGAAGAAAUAAAGAAGCAUCACGCCAACAUCAGCGAGCUGAAGAAGAACUUCAUGGAGUCUGUCCCCGAGCCUCGCCCGAGUGAAUGGGACAAACGUUUGUCCACUCACUCCCCGUUCCGAACGCUCAAUGUCAACGGGCAGAUUCCAUCGGGAGCGGAUGGACAGUAGGGAUGGCAGAUGGAAAUCUGUUCAGGUGUACCACAGCCCGAAGGAGAGCUGUCAGCCCCAAGGAGGACAGCUGAAAUUCAGGGGCACUGUGUUAAGUUGGAGAGGAGAGGAGAGGUGAGAGAGCCUGGACGUGGAGUGCUCCUGCAUUGCAGAAGAUGAUGGAGGGAAGAAGCUUUCCAAAAAGCUCUCUGAAACUGGAGCAUGAAUAACGAGAUGUGGGAAGCAUUGAUCAUCCACAGCAAGAAGGGACAGGGAAUGUUUUGUUCUUCUUCUGUGCGUUCUGUCCAUUUUUCAUGGAGAAGAAUUAACCACACACCUCCUGCUUCCUUCCAAAAGCCGUUGCUUGGAGUAGCGGUCGCUGAGAGCUGCUUGGGUUGUUGCCCACUGUCUGUGUGAACUGAUGAUAAAUACUCUGAAGCCGUAGCAGUGGCUUUUGGUUGCUGUCUGUCUGCCAUUUCCAAAGGACCCGAAGUCUGAAAGCUUUGCCUGGUGCAGUGUUUGAACUCCAGAGUGCUGAGAGAUGCCCUCUGUUGGCCAUUGCAGCUCAGUUCUUUAAUUAAGAUGAUUUUUCUCUCUCUCACACACUUUGUUGCUGAACCUUGAGAUAUGGCUGGAUGUUAUCAGCACAAAAAACAACUCCUUAAACUGUACAUUCAGAGAAUGCUCAGCUACGUUUUUGGAGCUUAUUGAACAGUUAUCAUUGAAGAGCUUAAAGAAACUGAACCGAUGCUUUGUAUUUCUAGGGCAGUGCAGGGGCCAGUUGUCUGUAUUCAUUCAGGUGGAUAUGGUCUUUUGUGGUAGGGAAGGAUGGGAGCUUACCAAGAGCAGAAACACCCCCUGGCUGAUGCUGAGGUGUGUUUUGGGAAUGUCUGCAGUCCAUUGGGCUCCAGUUUGCUCUUCCAGCCACUUCUUCCUCUUCUCUAUUUGCUUGUAUGGCAGAUGGAGCUACAGCAGUGCCCUGAAGCAACCUGCCAGGGCCUUGUUUUCGUGUGUUAUGUGUAUGGUGUGCAUUGUGCUGUGCUGGGUGAUUCCUGCUCUCGCUGCAUUUGCUGGAUGCCCAUUUGAGGCAUGGCACUGCAGGAGGCCUGCAGGGCUCCGGACCAUCUGGCUUAGUGCAAGGGCAGAGGUCUCAGGUUUUCAUUAAGGAACUUACGUGUACUGAGCUCACUUCUUCCUCAGGAACAAACAUGCUGCAAAGUACUGACAGCCCGUGUGAUUCUUACUUCCAAAAGGAAGCUGCAGACAUCUGCAGGUAACCUCAUCCCUGUUUGCAUGGGAAAUGCUGAUUCUUCAGCAUGAGGUGCUGCAGAAAGUGACAUCUCAGUGACUCUGACACGCCAGAAACAUGGCUGCCAUGGCACUGCCAGCAGUGUUGCUGUUCAAUAGACUUUCCCAGUGCUGUGCAGCCUGCCUUGCUGCAAUGGGACUCAUUGGUGCUCACAUGUGGGUCCCAGUGGCUGCACUAAGGGACCAGCUGAGCUUCAGCCCCUUCGUCUUGUUCCAUCCUGGAGCUGGUGGUUUGCUCUGUGCUGACUUUCUGAGUCUUACCCUGAUAUCAGCUUUUCUGAUCUCUGGAUAAAAGGCAGAAUAGUUUCUUGGGCUUUCAUGCUUUAGCAUGGAGUGGCCAUGUUUUCUUUUCCAUUACGAGAAGGGACAGCUGGUAUUGUCUGUACCUCCUGCUGUGUGCUGCUUUGCCCAGUGGGUUAAUGGACAACGAACUGAGGGUUCUCUAUGAGAAGAUGUGUUGGGACUUGGAGGUAAGGAUAGGAGCAGUUUCCCUUCCAGUUUAUAAAGCAACUGGCAAGGACCCUACGGGGCAGCUGCUCAGUAUUUCCUCCAGUCCUGGAAUAAAGGGGAGAGGUUGGUUUCCUUGGCAUUCCUCCUUUGUAGGAAUGAGGUCAGACUGCCCUUGCCAUAUCUGUACCUUGGGGUUCCUCAGGAAGUUUCUAGAUGAAGCAUCUUUCAGUUUGCUUAAGUGUUGGCGAUUCAUCGCUCUGAGAUGAUUCCCCUGUUUCAUUGGGUUUUCUUUUCACUGGCUGUGAGCUGAUGGUGCAGGCUGAGGUAGGAUGCCUUCCAGAAAAGUGUAUCCCAAAGCAGGGGGUUACUGAUUCAUUUGGAAAUGUUAGGUCUCUUCUUACUCGUGCUGGUGACGUGGGAGACGCCGAUGUGGUGCUUUCUCAUGUGUCCCUGUUGGCAUCUCUUGGUUUAUAACACUGGAGGGAAGGGCUGCAGGCUCUGUGUAAAGGCUGCCUGUCCUUGGGGCAGUGAUUUGUGCCCCUCUGACCUUCUAGCAGUGGUACAUGGUAGUGUUGGAUGAGUUUGUGGGGACUGAGAUUACUUUCUUUUUAACUACAAUGCUCUCUUUUGGAACACUUUUUUGGCUUUGUAUUUUUUCUCAGAUUUUUCUUUGUAAAUAUGUACAUUUAUCAUUAAUAAAUAUUAUUGCAAAUCAGAUUCUACUUUCCACUGCUUAUUAACCACCAAAAGGCCUAUGACCUGUGCUGAGACUCCUCAGGUAACCCUCACUAUUGCCAAGCACCAGCAGCCCCUGCACCAAGCAAGCUCAUGCAGUGGGAUCCAGGUGGGGGUCCAUGAGCUGUGCCCAGUUGCAGCUGCACACAUCUGAUGCAGCUUCAUGCUGCUCUGCAGAGGGGCACGAGGGCUGUUGCUGCUAGCUAUGCAUGCUUACAGAGUGGCCAGAGUAAUUUUAUUUGGGGUUAAAUCCAGCAUGAUGCAGAAUAACUUUGUUUGGAGAGGAGCCACAAGCUUCAGCCCUCUUGAAAAUACUUAAUGUGCCUCCAAAACUUCUCACUUCUGAGUCUGAAAGAUAGGUCCAGUCGUUUGCUGGAAACCUUUGGAGUGCAGAAGCAUCACAGGUCGUGUGUCGCUGCUCUGCCCCUCCAGCACCUUCACUGCUCUGCUCUGAGGUGAGGAUUGUGUUGCACCAUUGCUGUGGCUGUGGACUCCCUGGGCUGGCACAGUGCAUCUCUGGGAGUCUUUCCCCUGAUGUUGUGUUAAUUUGAGGAGAAAAAUGUUCCCUUCUUUGUAAGUGAAGCAGCCACAUUUGUAACGAACCAGCAUCGUUCUGCUUGGCAGUGUAAGCCUUCACUUGGCUUCCAGCUGUGUCCAUGGCCAGAGGUUAUGCAGAGUCAUUUUAACGUUACCUCCCAGCUUGUGCUCUGUGAGGUUAUUUCCUUUUGGAGAAAUUUGGCUUGUGCUCUGUCAGUGAGCCCAGUGUCAGAACAGGGCCUGGGCACAGCAGAUGGAGCAGGCAAAGUGCAGCAGCACAGAGCUGAUAUGUGUUGGUCAUAAACCCUGACAGUAUCCACCUUCUGUCUUCUGCUGCUGCUAAACUGAAUCUAAUGCAGUGUUUGUAUUGCCACACGUGGCUUUCUUUUUUUUCUUUUUUUUUUGCUGCAGAGGAGACUUGAAAUAAGAAAUGCACAGCAGUAAAGAGGAGCUGGAGCCUGAAGGAGAUGGGGGGGAGCAGAGUGUGGGGGGAGGAAAUGCUUUUGGAACCGUCUCCCUCAGCAGCCUGAGAUUGGUAACGCAGUGCUGAUCUCAGGCUUGUUUCACGUUGCAGGGUUGAUGCAGUGCAUUGGAAGUGGCUGCUGUGUGUCUGGUAACACCUUGGGAUUCUGCUUCACAACAGCAAUUUGAUCUUUUUCUUCAGCUUAAAGCAUGCUGUGUAUUUUCUUGCUCUGCCUUUCACUUGGGUCAAAUUCUCUUUCCCUUUUCUGUUGUCUGACCAGGGCAUUGUGAUCACAGCAAUGGCAGAAAAAAACAGUGGUCCAAAAAUUGAAAUCCAUAGGGAAUGGCAGUCACUUUCACAUGCCAAGCUUUUCUGACCAGCUUCUAAACUUUCUACGUUCUGUCUUUAAGGCAAAGCAGUUCUGUAAGAUGCAGGAGGUAUUGUAAGAGAAGGAUGUCUUGUUUUCUGCUUAAUACUGUUUACUCAUAGUGCUUUGACAGCUGUGGGAUUGACCAUUCACCAUUUGAUCUGGGAGUUCUUCCUGGUGAGUGUGGUUCUCUGCAAAAGCACCAUUAUCUGCUCGUGCCUCUGUAGCCAUCACCCACACCAGUGGCCUGCGUGCAUCUGUUUGGGGAUAACCUAAUAACAAGCACCUGGUAACUGCUGCAGUGCCAGGGUGAGCAGGGAGGUGAUGAAACAGGCGCUGGGACUGAGAGCAUGAAAUGUUGUUACGGGGAGUUAGCAGACACUGCUAAAUUGUUUCUUCAUGCAGGAGUGUUUUCCAGUAGAGGAAAGGUGCAGACAGCAAAGAGCGCUUAUCCCAGGCAGUGCAAGGACGGCUGCUAUACGUGGCUGUGUCCUGAGCCAGAACUGCAGGUCCUCUGACAAACACAGGCAAGAAGAACACUUCAGAAAUAAUCCUUCCUGCCUCUGGUGUCAAAGCCUGUUAUUAAUUUAUCCCCAGUCUGAGUUACUCUGUGUCACUUCUUACACUGCGGCUUUCAGAAUCAUCUCUGUCCUCCGUUUCUGCCAACGUCGGGUGUGCAGAGGUCUGUAUUCAGCAGGGUGACGUUUCAGCUGCGUCCGUGUGUGCCUGCAUUUGUUUCUUCUGGGGCACUGCAUCCCUCCUUGUGUCUUCUUUAUGCUGUGCAUGGCUGCAAGCACUCCAUGUAGCGGGGUUGGAGCAGUCUGUGGGGGUUGGAGCAGUCUGUGGGGCUCUGUGAGAACGUGCAAAUCAGAGCCCUCAAAGUAGGAAUGCUUUUGCAUUUGCAAAGUGAAGCAAAAUCAUGAUAAGAUCAGAAUGUGUAACAGAUGGCCAAAUUCCGAGUGAGGUGGAUUGCUGGGUUUGGUUUGGUAUGAAGGUAAUGUUUUCUUGCCUACAUGCAAACUUCAUUUAUAAACACAGGAACAAACAUCAUCAUAUUGGAAAAAAUUGUGCACAAAUAGAUAAUUAUGUGUAGAAAGAGAGAGCUCCUAAUUAGCCUGGCUUCUUGAUGGCACAGGAAGGCAAGAAUAAAAGAACUUCUGUUUAGUUGAUCUUAUCAGGAUUUCAGUCUGCAUGUCUGUAGCUGCGCUGUGCUCUGUUGCAGAUGUGUGUGGCCACACCAUGCAGAUCAUUGCAGCUUUUCUGCCCUCCUGUGCUUUUCACUAUGCGAGAUGCUUCUAAAAUGCAAAUGGUUUUUCUGUAUGUGAAAGGGAGCAGUGGAGUUGUGCUUGUUAUGUGCAGCUGCUUGUCUCUUCAGUCAUCUGUGUUUGUGUGGCUGCUUGAUCUGCUUUGUUUUAACUGUGGAUUACAUUCCUCCUUUUGGCUGACCGGGUGCCCCGGCUGCUAUGGAAGGAAUCUUGCUUCUAAGGCACUUCCCAUUAAAAUCCAGAAGAUGCACUGCAUCAUCUCAAGAUGCUGCGAUUAUUUUGCAAGCUUUGAAAUGUAAAAUUAGGAUGUCAGCGUAUGAAUCCAGGUUUUAAAGCAAGAUUAAGUAAUUAGCAUUCAAAUCUGCUAACCCAAGAUUGUAUUCUGUUUUGUGAAGCAUUGCAGUAUAAUAUCUUCUGUUACACAGCAUGAGGAUGGGGCCUUUAAAGGUCCCCUUCAACUCUGUGAUUCUGUGAUCUGUACCUUCUAGAAAAGCACGUACAGAAGAGGUUUGUAAUCAGAAACAGCACUUCCACAUUUAUGCAGCCUGAUCUGCCCAUCACAGCACUGAUCACCAUCACUUCUCUCCUGUUAAGUUCCCUAAGCAGUAACCCAAGAACUUAACAGAAGCCCAAGAGGCUGGAAAUGGGAAUGGACAGAAUCUUACAGGUAAUCUGUCUGUUCCAUAAAGAAGCUGGGCACUGAAAAACACCUGAGAGAAAUGGGAGAAGAAUCCUUUCUGGGAGUUCUACUAAAUAAGCUUCUAUUUGUUCUACACAAAGCAGUUUUGCUUCUUAAAAUACUACUGAGCUGUGCCAUUAGAUGAUGUCAGUCAGGCUGAAAGCUUCUGAUGGAUCACAGAUGCAUUGUACCAAAUAACCCACGGCCUUCAGACGUCACUUUUAAGUGCAAGUUACAGUUUGUUGGUUGUCCAGUCUUCGUAACAGAAAGUGAUGCAGUGCUUUCUGUUCAUCUCCAUGCCAUCACCAAAAUUAGAAUUAAAGGUGACACCAGUGGACGAGCCACACUUGAAUGAAGAUGUAAUCACUGUUGUUGGAUAUAGAGAUAUGUGCCUGUUUUUAUAGCUUACAGAAGUCAUCUGUGAGGCUGUCAGUUAUGGGUAAGAAGUAGCAGUAGCAUUGAUUCCAGUGGCAUCUCAUUCUUUUUUUCUCCUUGUUGCCUGAUGCUCAAUGAGGCACAUGUCUCAAAUUGUACUUGCAGAUUAUUCUGCCCUUCCUCAAAGGCAUCCUAGCAUGUCCACAAGAGGGUUGUAGCCACCGCUGGCACUGAUGAUGCUCUCCUAGGCAUAAGUGUGUAUAAUCACUUGGGCAUUUGGAAAAACGGCCCAUUUGUGCUACAGCUCUGUUUUGCUCAUGUUGUAACUCUUGUCUUUUUGUCACUGUUGCUUUCCUGCUGGCUAGAGGGCUCCUGGAGAGAAGACCUAGUUGGGAACUUGCUAAUGAGCUGAAUGGAAGGCAGAGCAGCACCAGCUUUAGCCAGCUUCUCUGGCUUCUGACAGUCUCCUGAAAUAUCCCAGGUGCCAUAGAUGUGCUUGCUUGCUCCUUGGAGGGCUGCAUUGCUUUAUUCUGUUCUUCUCAACUGCACGCCAUCACCGAUGCCAGUGAUGCUGUACCUGCAGGAGGUUUAGCUAUUGCAAAGGUUUCUGUUAUCCCAGAGGCCAGCAGCAAACUGGUUGCAGGGAGGUGCAUUCCCAGGUGCUAGGAGCCCAGCAAAGCACGGGCUCUGCACACUGGUGAUGCAUGAUCCUUCUGGUUUUUAUUCCCUUAAACUCCAUGUGCACAUUUAAACAGCGUAAAAUAUUGCAAGGAGUUAAAAGCAGAAUUGAUGCAUGGCUGCAGUGUUGCUGGUGGUUUUGUCUGUGUGCAGAGGUCUCCACUUGCUACAUUGAAAUUAUUCCUGUUUCCAAACUGGGCAAAGAGUGCGAAGCGGUGGCUCUUCAUUUAGUUUUGUUUUAAUGUUAAUGCAUUACACCAUCAUUGCAUGAAUUGCUGACCUACCAGGAGGCCUGUGUCAGUGAGUCCAUCACAUUUCAAAGGUUUUCAAGCUCUUAAAUGUUCAGAAUCCACUGCUGCUGCACUCACUGAUGGAGAUGCUGUAAGAGACCAAUGUUUUGCUUCAUGUCUUCCUGUUCUUCCUAACCCUCUUUCUCUCUUU